UGAAAAACCCCCUGUUGUUUUUCCGACCACGCGCACGGUCCACGCGCAGACACCGCCCUCCACCCUGAAGUUGCCUUCUUCCUUGCUCUCGUCGACGACGCCCUCCACCCGACGCUGCUCCCUCUCCGCCCCAAGCCCUCCACCGGACGUGGCGCGCGAUGUCGCCGCCCUCUCCUCCGCUCGCCGCGGGCGUUCUAUACUUCUCUCGCUUCGCGGAAUCCGUCAUCCUCCGGUGCCCACCGUGGUGUGAUAAAAAUGGGGAUUUUCCUCCGGAUCUCUCUCAGUGGUGGCGGCACGGCGGAGAUCAAGUCGCGGUGGUGGCUGGAGGAGAUCCAAUCGCGGUGGUGCUGCUAUUGGAGGCACGACAGAGCUCCAAUUGCGUGAUGUGGCUGGAUCCUCCCGAGGUCAUGGUAAAGAUGCCAAUUUGCUCUGGAUAUCCCGCGGUGGCGGUGGUGGCGGCACGGCGGAGCUCGAGUGGCGCUGGUGGUGGAACGGCGGAAAGGAAGCGGCGGCUGACCGAUGAGCAGGUGGUGGCGCUGGAGCAGAGCUUCGAGGAGGAGAAGCGGAACCUCGAGCCGGAGCGGAAAAUCGAGCUGCCACGGCGGCUGGGGAUGGCUCCACGCAAGGUGGCCGUGUGGUUCCAGAAUAGCCGCGCUCGGUGGAAGGAAAAUCAGCUCGCCGGACGCGACGUGCUCCUGGCAGACAACGGCCGCCUCCGUUCUUAGGUGCGCAUCUGGCCGUGUGGUUCCAGUACUUUUGCUCCAGUCUUCAGAUUGCCUUGUGCUCCAGACUCCGGAUUAGUUUCAGUAAUAUGGCUUAGUUUCCUUGUGCUUUUGACUGCAUUGGAUCAGUGGUUACCAGAUGCUAAGGUAGGAUGAUGUUCCUUUUUGGUUUCUCUAUUGAUUGUAGGAAUGAGAAUACUCCAAUCCAAGUGUUUUUUGUUAGAGAGCUCAAACAAAGUUCUGGAAAUUUAAUUCACCAAAGAAAUGGGUACAAGAAAAAUGGCCACUCAUUCCAUGUUACUUAUAGGUAGCAACCUAAAAAAUUCUGGGAUUUGCUUAUACUCCUCGAUGCUGAACAACCUAAAAAGUCUGACUGAACAACAUAAAAUUCUGAGAUCAUCUGUGUUGUAACACACUGUAGUACUGUACUGAACUAAGCAAAUCCCAGUAAUACCAAAUCAUUAGAGCAUCUCCAACAGGCGCGCUAUAUAGGCCGCGCGGCAUAAAAACGUCCGAUAUAGCGCGCGCGGGAGGGAAUGCGGCGCUCCAGCAGGCGCGGUAAACGGCGCGGCGCUAUAAAAAUUUUAGGGCGCGCGGCGUUUUGCACAAAAGGGAGCGGCAUAUCUGGCGCGCCGGCUACAGCGCGCGGCAACGCUCGUCCAAGCGCGAAAAGCCAACGGCUGGAAAAUUCCUCCCCCCGCGCCCGCGCCCUCAUUUCCCCACCUACCGCCGGCGCGAAAUCCAGCCGCCGCCGGUCGAUUCCGCGGCCGCCCCCGCUUCUGCG